UUUUACUAUAUUUAUCAAUUGCUAUUAUUCACUCUUACUCAUUGUGACUGCAUAGGCACGCGGGUAUAAAAGAAACCCAAGUUUAUUGUGAGCGACGGCUUCAACGGAGGUGGUACGCGGAGGUUUGUAAUACGGAGAGUCAUGGCUACUUAUCUAUUAAUAAUUCUUAUUACUUUGGGAUUAUCAACGUCAUGGACCGAAUCAAAGGAGUGCGAUCCUAAAUGUGAAAAGGUCGAGCUUAGUGUUGGAAUACCAAAAGGACACAGACAGAAACAGAUAUUUAAAAAAAUUGGAUCAAAGUAUUAUUCCAUAAUUGAUGACCCAAAGACUUGGUACACCGCUGUUCAUAAGUGCCACGCAAAAGGUGGUCAAUUGAUAAGUCUGACUGAUAGUGUGACUCUGGCCGAAAUAAGAAAAGCAAGCAAAAAUAUCAAUUUCUGGAUAGAUCUCAAUGAUUUUGGCGAGCACGGCAAGUUCGUUUCCAUAUCGAGUGGCGAGAAAGCCAGUUUCUUAGAUUGGUGUCAACAUGAAACAAGUGCAAACGUAACAUCUGGAAACUGCGUGAAUAUUGACAAUAUAAAUUUCCCAAACCCCUGUUUAAAACUAGCUUCCUGCCUUGAUUUUAAUAGUUACAUUUGUGAAUCUCAAAUUCCGAGAAGUAUAUCUAUAUAUAUCGAGUGAUAUAAUUGUUUUUUUUCUUAACUUAAAAAUUAAUUUGUAAUCGUUAAUGAUUAACAGUAACCGCCCAAAAGUAUGUAAUAAUUUUUUAUAGAAUCGAAUGCCUAAGCUAAUACAACUAAACAUAUAAUACACAUAUUAUACAUUAAGCACAGUUCCCAGAUGAGUAAAAUUUUGAACGUGCGGAAAAGUAAUAUAUUUCACAAGUUCCACAAAUUUUAGAGUGAUCAAUUUGGUAACCCUAUGACACUAAAUUUGGCACGGAUAUACAAAAAAAUGAAAAUUUAUGGGCACUUCACUUAUUUUUCUAUUAAACAAAUGCAAUUAUUAAAAAAAAAAAACAGAUGAAAUGUAUUUUGUAUGCCGACAAUAUCCCAAGCACAUAUUAUUGUAACUUCAUUUCAAUAUUUUUUAUAUUUUAAAUUUCAUAUAUUGUCUUUUGACUCUGCAAUAUAAAUUAAUGCUAUUUCUCUGCCUCAAAGGCUUUCUUUUUAAUUUUUUUUUUAUUAUUUAUUUUUAUGCUACUCUUCACUUUGCCGAUAUGAGUGCGGAAUAAUAGGUUGACUAUUUCCAUCCAUAUACAUUCCCGUAUCGGAGUAUCAAUGCGCUUUAAAAUUUGAUUGUGAUGGAAUCUGCGGAACGAAAUGUCGCCACAAAAAUUUUGCUAGGCCGAUCUUUUUUUAUGCAGAAAAAUGUACUAUAUGUAACGGAAUAACUCAAUUUUGCU